AAUGGUUAGCAAUAAGAGAAGAAGCGUUAGAUAAACGUCAGACUAGUCUGCCGAAUUUCUUUUUUGUAAAUUUUAUUAAACUAUUACUAACCGGAAAUCUUUAUAAAAACAAAAUUUACGAAAACACCAUAGGUUUUUUCCAUAUAAUUUUAAGUAUAUUUAGGUAGUGUGGAAAUUGUUUCCUUAGUAAAAAAAUGAACCCCUGUGCUGUGCCCACCCAACGCCCGGACGUAGAUGGCGACGAACGCUGGAUUUGCAUUCAUCGUCGAUUUAUUUCUGAAUGUCGUGAAAAAGAUCCUGAUGUUAUAUUUCUGGGAGAUUGUGUGCUAGAAACGCUGCAGGAUUCGGAAACAUGGAAUGAAUAUUUUGCACCUAUGCAUUGCCUUAACUUCAGCAUACGUGGUGAUCGAACGGAAAAUUUGCUGUGGCGUGUGGAAAACGGUGAACUGGACAAUGUUAAACCGAAGAUUGUGGUAUUGCAUGUUGGCACUAAUAAUACGGAAAAUACGGCUGAGCAGAUAUCAGAAGGUGUAGUAGAAAUUGUGCAUAGGAUACGUGCGAAAUUGCCGGACACUUAUAUCGUAUUGCCCACAUUACUGCCGCGCGGUCAGUUACCAAAUAAAUUGAGAGAGAAAAACGAUGAGGUUAAUCGACUUGUCAAGGAAAAAGUGAUUGGUCUCAAUCAGGUGCAAACUGUUUGCAUUGAUAAGGGUCUGCUGCAGAUAGACAACACCAUUAGUCAUCACGAUAUGUUCGACUAUAAGAAUUUGACGAAUAGCGGUGCGAAAAAAGCAUUCGAGCCGGUACACGAUUUACUCUCACAGAUUUUAAAUGAAAAUGAACCAGAAAAAGAUUUAACGCCAUCCGAAUAGUUGCGUGCGUGCAUACGCCCAUUGGAACGUUAGGGUCCAACAAACUAUAACAACUGCAUUAUCGACAUUGGCAUCACACAAAAAUGAAAUGAAGUGAAGACUACAAAUGCCAGAUAUAAAGUUUCCUUGGCAGCUUAAAGCAGCAACUGGUCAUUUCUUAAAAUGCUCACAUACAAAAGCUAAUUUAUAUACAAAAACAAAAAAAGUAAAAAACAAAAAAAAAAUCAACAAAUAUCUCAUCACCUAAAAUAUAUUUUAUAUUAUUUAUUAUAUUAAUUUAACAUGCAUGGAUUCAUAAGAGCACGUAUAUAAGUAAAAAAUUUCCAAAGAGUAUGUUGGCCGUUGCGCUUGCAGAAAUGCAAAAAAAAAGAGAAAAUUAAUUAUAAUUAACUACUUUUGAUAGGCAAAUGCUUUGCAGAGAUCUCAAAAUCAAUUGUAGAAAACUUGGAAAAUAAACAUUCCACAUUAUGUAAAAAGAAAACAAAAUAUAAUUAAACAAUCAAUUAAACAAAUUGACUUUUAGCGCCAACAUACCAAAUCGUAAAAAAACAAACUAAAAUAA